AUGGCCUCCUUCGUUGGCGGGAGCAACCUUCCCAGAGCGCCCGCGGUGCCGCGAUCCCAGGUGGCCAUGAAGGCGUGGCAAGAGCGACAGCGCUUUUUCAAGACGUCUGUGGGCCCGGUGCCCGUCCAGCUGCCGUGGAUGAGUGAGCCGAUGGAUGGCUUUACCUUCGCGCUGUACAUGAUGGGCCUCUUCCUCGUCGUCGCGAGUUUUGGCGACGAGUUGGGAAGCUACGAGGAGAUCAAAUGGGGAGGUGCCAGGCCACCAAAGGAAUACGUGGAGGAGAUGAAGCGCAUCGAGGCUCGGCGGAAGCGGAGGUACCUUGACCUGAAGAGCGUUUCCAAGGAGUGA